UUCCGCUUUCCGGUCCAGCCCUCAAGACGGCUUCCGGGAGCCUUACGGCUUCCGUCUGGCCAAACUCCUUGAUUGGCUACACUUCGUCCCGCCUCUCGCGUCUUGCCGCUUCUUGGAGCGAAAGUUGCAUCACAGAAGCGCCAAAAAGGAAUUUAGGGGAAGACCUAACUUUCCUUUGAGGCGUGUUUGCGGCGUUGUGCGCUUACAGGAGGGAUGAAUGGAGAGUAUAGAGGCAGAGGAUUUGGACGAGGAAGAUUUCAAAGCUGGAAAAGAGGAAGAGGUGGUGGGAACUUCUCAGGAAAAUGGAGAGAAAGAGAGCACAGACCCGAUCUGAGUAGAACCACAGGAAAACAUACUUCUGAACAAACCCCACAGUCUUUGCUUUCAACAAAGACCCCACAGUUAGUACAGUCAACAUUGGAUCGACUCAUACCAUAUAAAGGCUGGAAGCUUUAUUUCUCUGAAGUUUACAGUGAUAGCUCUCCUUUGAUUGAGAAGAUUCAAGCAUUUGAAAAAUUUUUCACAAGACAUAUUGAUUUCUAUGACAAGGAUGAAAUAGAAAGAAAGGGAAGUAUUUUGGUGGAUUUUAAAGAACUGACAAAAGAUGAAGAAGUAACUAACUUGUUACCAGAUAUAGCAAAUGAACUAAGAGAUGCACCUGAGAAAACCUUGGCUUGCAUGGGUUUGGCAAUACAUCAGGUAUUAACUAAAGACCUUGAAAGGCAUGCAACUGAGUUACAAGCCCAGGAAGGAUUGUCUAGUGAUGGAGAAACAAUGGUAAAUGUGCCACAUAUUCAUGCAAGAGUGUACAACUAUGAGCCUUUGACACAGCUGAAGAAUGUCCGAGCAAAUUACUAUGGCAAAUACGUUGCUUUAAGAGGGACGGUGGUUCGUGUCAGUAAUAUAAAGCCUCUUUGCACCAAGAUGGCAUUUCUUUGUGCUGCAUGUGGAGAAGUUCAGAGUUUUUCUCUUCCAGAUGGAAAAUACAGUCUUCCCACAAAGUGUCCUGUGCCUGCGUGUCGAGGCAGGUCAUUUACUGCUGUCCGCAUCUCUCCUCUCACAGUUACAGUGGAUUGGCAGUCAAUCAAAAUCCAAGAGUUGAUGUCUGAGGAUCAGAGAGAAGCAGGUCGGAUUCCACGAACAAUAGAAUGUGAGCUUGUUCAUGAUCUUGUGGAUAGCUGUGUCCCAGGAGACACAGUGACUGUUACUGGAAUUGUCAAAGUCUCAAAUGCUGAAGAAGGUUGUCGAAAUAAGAAUGACAAGUGCAUGUUCCUUUUGUACAUUGAAGCAAAUUCUAUUAGUAAUAGCAAAGGACAGAAAACAAAGACUUCUGAGGAUGGAUGUAAGCAUGGAAUGUUGAUGGAGUUCUCACUCAGAGAUCUUUAUGCCAUCCAAGAGAUUCAAGCUGAAGAGAACCUGUUUAAACUCAUUGUCAACUCGCUUUGCCCUGUCAUUUUUGGUCAUGAACUUGUUAAAGCAGGUUUGGCAUUAGCACUAUUUGGAGGAAGCCAGAAAUAUGCAGAUGACAAAAACAGAAUUCCAAUUCGAGGAGACCCACACAUCCUUGUUGUUGGAGAUCCAGGCUUAGGAAAAAGUCAGAUGCUCCAGGCAGUGUGCAAUGUUGCUCCACGUGGCGUGUAUGUUUGUGGUAACACCACAACCACCUCUGGUCUGACGGUAACUCUUUCAAAAGAUAGUUCCUCUGGAGAUUUUGCUUUGGAAGCUGGUGCCCUGGUACUUGGUGAUCAAGGUAUUUGUGGAAUAGAUGAAUUUGAUAAGAUGGGGAAUCAACACCAAGCCUUGUUGGAGGCCAUGGAGCAGCAAAGUAUUAGUCUUGCUAAGGCUGGGGUGGUUUGCAGCCUUCCUGCAAGAACUUCCAUUAUCGCUGCUGCAAAUCCAGCAGGAGGACACUACAAUAAAGCCAAAACGGUUUCUGAGAAUUUAAAAAUGGGGAGUGCACUCCUAUCCAGAUUUGAUUUGGUCUUUAUCCUGUUAGACACUCCAAAUGAGCAUCAUGAUCACUUACUCUCUGAACAUGUGAUUGCAAUAAGAGCUGGAAAGCAGAGAACCGUUAGCAGUGCCACAGUAGCUCGUAUGAGUAGUCAAGAUUCAAAUACUUCUGUACUUGAAGUAGUUUCUGAGAAACCAUUAUCAGAAAGACUAAAGGUGGUUCCCGGAGAAAUAAUAGAUCCCAUUCCCCACCAGCUAUUGAGAAAGUACAUUGGCUAUGCUCGACAGUAUGUCUACUCAAGGCUAUCCACAGAAGCUGCUCAAGUUCUUCAAGAUUUUUACCUUGAGCUCCGGAAACAGAGCCAGCGGUUAAAUAGCUCACCAAUCACUACCAGGCAGCUGGAAUCUUUGAUUCGUCUAACAGAGGCACGAGCAAGGUUGGAAUUGAGAGAGGAAGCAACCAAAGAAGAUGCUGAAGAUAUAGUUGAAAUUAUGAAAUAUAGCAUGCUAGGAACUUACUCUGAUGAAUUUGGGAACCUAGAUUUUGAGCGAUCCCAGCAUGGUUCUGGAAUGAGCAACAGGUCAACAGCAAAAAGAUUUAUUUCUGCUCUCAAUAACAUUGCUGAAAGAACUUAUAAUAAUAUAUUUCAAUUUCAUCAACUUCGGCAGAUUGCCAAAGAGCUAAACAUUCAGGUUGCUGAUUUUGAAAACUUUAUUGGAUCACUAAAUGACCAAGGUUACCUCUUGAAAAAAGGCCCAAAAGUUUACCAGCUUCAAACUAUGUAAAAGGACUUCACCAAGUUAGGGCCUCCUGUGUUUAUUAGCAGAUUAAAGUCAUCUCAAUGAAGAUAUGUGUGUGUGCACACACACUGAAAUACUGUUCUCUGAAAAGUGAUGUCCCAAAAGUACUAUAAUAGGAAAAAAAGCAUUAAAUAUAGUAAACUAAUUUAGGAAUUAAUACAAUCUCCUGAUGCAGUAGCUAACACUGUAAUCACAGUGACUCAGGAGGCUGAGGCGAGAGGAUUGCUCAAGGCCAGGGUUCGAGACCAACCUUGGGCAACAUAGCAAGACCCUAUUUCUUAAAUUAAAAAAAAAAAAAAACUUAGCUGGCUGUGGUGGCACAUGCCUGUAGUCUCAGCUGCUUGUGAGGCUGAGACAGGAGGAUUAUUCGAGUCAAGGAGUUUGAAGUUACAGUGAGCCAUGAUCACACAACUGCACUCCAGCCUGGGCAAUAGAGUAACUUUUGACUCAAAAAAAUUUAAAAAAAAUUGCAGUGAUAGUCUUUGUGUUAAUUGUUAAAUAAAUUCUCCAAAAGGCUAAAAGUAAAUUACUUAUAAAUUAUUUACAGUUAUGUUUUUGACCUACCUUUUUAUAUGUAUGAAUAUUUCAUAGUUUUGCAUAUCAAAUAUAGGCAUUCAGACAAAUACAUAAACCAAUGAACAUAUUACAUAUUCUGUGUUCCAAUAAAACUUUAUAAAGGACACUAAAAUUUGAAUUUCAUAAAAUUUUCCCAUGUCAAGAAUACAAAAUACUUGAUUUUUGGUUUUAGUCAUUUAGUAAUAGGCCCCAUUUAGUCCACAGACUGGUUUGUAGUGUCUUCGUUACAAACAAUAGAAACUGACUGAUUAAACAGAAUUUUUUUUGAAAGAAUUUUGGUUAGCUUAUGGAAUUUUUAGAAGGCAGGUAAACCAGAAGGGUAAGCUUCCAGCAGCAAUUUGUAAAACCACGCCUUCGAACUGUACUAAAGAAAAAGCUGCUGAUGCUUUUCUGCCACACAGGGCAGUAGAAGAAAGUGAUACUGCCUCCAUGCCCCACCUUUGCCACUUCUGCAGCAGGAAUAGGUAGAGGAAUGCCCCCACCCACACUGGAACAGCAACAAAAAGAUUCUCUGUGAGGCUUCCCUAAAUUGCUGAGUUCAAAAAGGAAGUCUCAUCCAAAGACAUCUGAUUGAAAAAAGCUAUUUUAUAUACCCUUUUCAUAGGCUGCUAGGGAGUUUUCCCUGGUUCUACCUUUGGGUGGUGGGAUCAAUAAAACCAGAAUUUCUCAUAUGUUGUGGGAGGAUUCAGAUGUUACAGGGUUGCCAGCCAAACUAUCAAUCAUGUAUAAAUCUUAACAGUUUGUAACAUACAAGAACUCAGGAAAUGUGAACCAUUGCUGGAGAAUCUACUAAAAAUUCAACUUCCAGCAAACCAGAAGAUGAAUGGAAAAUGUAAAUAAAAAGAACUGGCAGUGUAUAUCAGAUGUUUAACUUUAGGACCAAAACUAAAAUGUGGAGACUGUUGCCAUAGACCACAAUGUAAACUUUUUUUUAAGUAAGGAAGGAAAAAUCAGGAAUCAAAAGAGGCCAGGUGCAUUGGCUCACAUCUGUCAUCUCAGAGCAUUGGGAGGUUGAGGCUGGAGGAUUACUUGAAGCCAGGAGUUUGAGGCCAGCCUCUACAACACAUUGAGACCCUACCUCUACAAAAAAUAGACUGGGCAUGGCAGUGCAUGCCUAUUGUCCUAGCUACUGUGGAGGCAGAAGUAGGAGAUUCACUUGAGCCCAGGAGUUUGAGGUUACAGUGAGCUAUGAUUAUACCACUGCACUGCAUUCUGGGCAAGAGCAAGACUUUGUCUUUUAGAGAAAUAAAAGGAGAAAGUAGAUAGGAGUAUAAAUAAUAGUGAAGUCUUUAUGAGUUAAAAGAUCUAUAAAGCAAAUUAGCCAGGGAUGGUGCAUGCCUGUAAUCCCAACCACUAAGGAAGGCUGAGGCAGGAGAAUCACUUGAACCUGGGAGGCGGAGGUUACAGUGAGCCAAGAUCACACCACUGCACUCCAGCCUGGGCAACAGAGUGAGACACUGUCUCCAAACUAACUAAAUAUAUAUAUUUAAAGCUAAAAAAAUUAUUAAUAGAAUUUAAAACAUUUCAUAAAAGUCAGCACAUAAUAUCAACCAUGAUAAAGUGGUAGACAGAAGAGGAAACGUACUUACUGUUUAGAGGAAAAUGAGUCUCAAAGGUUAGGGUUAUUAUGUAAAUUUAUUUUAAAAAGACAUAAACUUAUAUUUUCAGAGGAAACUGUUUCAUGUUUCCUUAGAUUCUGUCUUUAGCAUCCAUUAAUCACAGGGCCAGACUAAAAAGUUUAGCUUUCCCUUACAAUACAGCUUUUGUGGGUAUGCAAACAUCACAUUACAGUCCCUCCAACCCCAAACCCCGACAUCUAGUAUUUCACUUCCUGCCCAAUAGGGGUGUCCCCACACCUUUCAACCACUACUGCAAUCAAGCUCUCGCCUAGGUUUUUCACUUGCUGCUUUACCUCCUGACUGACUUUCCUCAUGUGGCCUGGUGUGGCAUGGUAAGCCCUCUUUGGAGAUGAAAGUCCUCUUUUUUUUUUUUUUUGAGAUGGAGUUUCGCUGGAAUGCAGUGGCACGAUCUCAGCUCACCGCAACCUCCGCCUCCUGGGUUCAAGCAGUUCUGCCUCUGCCUCCCAAGUAGCUGGGACUACAGGUGCGUGCCACCAUGCCCUGCUAAUUUUUGUAUUUUUAGUAGAGACGGGGUUUCACCAUGUUGACCAGGAUGGUCUCAAUCUCUUGAUCUCGUGAUCCACCCACCUUGGCCUCUCAAAGUGCUGGGAUUAUAGGCGUGAGCCACCGCGCCUGGCCAAAAGUCAUCUUUCAUAGGCAAUUGUUUGUGUCACCAUUGCUGAUUAAAACAAUUCCUAAGUACAAGUAGAACAGAAACAUGCAAAGCAAGAAAAUACUACAUCAUGAAAGUUUUCUUUUAAGAGGUGGUGGUCUAGCUGUGUUGUCCAGGGUGGACUUGAACUCCACAGCUCAAGCAGUCCUCCCACCUCAGCCUCCUGAAUAGCCUGGACUAUAGGCAUGCACCACUAUGCCUGGCUGCAAAAAUAUUUUAUUAAGAGAUGGUCUUGUUCUGUCGCCCAGGCUGGAGUGCAGUGACAUGAUCAAGCCUUGAUCUCUCAAGCAGUCCUCCCACCUCUGCCUCCUUAGUAGCUGGAACUACAGGAAUGUGACACCAUGCCCGGCUAGUUUUUAGAGAUGAGGGCUUGCUUUGUUGCCCAGGCUGGUCUCAAACUCCAGGGCUUCCUGAGUAGCUGGGACUACAGGUGUGAGCUGCCAUGCCCAGCCUCCUCUUUCUACCAAUAUUGUGCUAAGUAAAUUGUUUGGUGGUAAUCAACUUGAUCAUUUCAUCCUUAGGAUAGAGGAUACCAAGGCGAAAGUAUAACUGAACCAGAAGAGGAAUAAACACCACACUGUGAUUGAGGGAUCUUUAUAGCUCCCCUUUGAUAAAGAAGGCAAAUGCUGUACUUACAUUAACAUACUAUAGUUGCUGUGGCUAUACAGAAGAAUAUUAAACAAUAUUUGUAUAUUUA